GUAAAUACGACCUGGGAGUACCUGUAUUUCAAUGGUGGUCUUUUAACUGUAAACACAGAAGAGAGAGAGCAUUGUCUACAUUUGGUCUCAAAUCAACGACGACAUUUUUAAUACUGUAAUGGAACUGGCAGAAGACAUAUCUGAUGAAUAUCUGACCUGCACGAUCUGCUUUGAGCCAUUUAUCGAUCCCAAACAGCUCCCAUGUCUGCACACCUUCUGCAAGAGAUGUCUCUCGAGUCACAUCUCGUACAACGUCAGGGGGAGUGGACAUUUACAUUUCUCUUGUCCUGUAUGCAGAAAAAUCACCAAGCCAGCCAAUCCGGAUCCCAGAGAACUGGCAAACUGGGCAGACCAGUUCCCAAACAAUUUCUUUAUCAUAAGUCUCAAAGACACUCUAGAGUCAUAUAAUAUUGAAGCAGGAUCUAUAGCUCGAGGUUCCACCUCAAAAGAAGGUGAUGAACAGUGUCCAAAGCACGGCGGUAUUGCGAUGCAUGCCUACUGUACAGAAGAAAAGGUUGGGGUGUGCUCGGAGUGCGAGUCAAAAGGGCACAGCACGUGUCAGCAGUAUCAUCUGAAGACGCCAGACGCGAAAACGAAAGCUGAAAAUAGCCUAGGUGAUUUAAAACGAAAUAUUAACACGUUGAAGGAGAGUGUUACUGAUAUCAAAGAUGGCUUGAAUGCGAAACCACGAUUGUUGAGACUUCAAAAGGAAAAGCUCACUCUUGACAUUUCAGAACAUUUUACAGCGUUAAAGAAAAUCGUAAUAGAACAGUUGUUGCACAGGGAGUGUGAGACAAUUGAAAAGCUUACAGAACUCGUGAAAUCAGAGGAAGGUUCUAAUGAAAGCCUGUCCAAGGAAUGCGAUUCUUUGUCUGGCUCUUUGGAUAGGACUGUUAAACUGUUCGAGAAACUUUUGUCAAAGGGCUCAAUCAAUGCACUGUGCAUGCUGGACAAAAUCGCAUCGCAAGUAGACGGAUAUAAACAAGUUAUUAACAAUCUAGAAUCUGAAAGUAAAGAUAACGCUUUCAGUUUUGUUCCAGAGAAGUCUGAUCUUCAGGAGAUGUUAGAAAAAGUGCACAUCGGUGAUAUUAACGUGAAUGACGAUACUCUGGUUGUGAAUUUGGGCAAUAAGGAAAAUAAAGAAAACAGCAAUAUCGACAGCAGUUCAUCAGAUUCGGAAGUGUUAGAUUCGUGCACUCACAGCAUUGAACCAUCAGCUCCUCCCAUCGAAGAAAAACCGAGUGGUUGGGAGGGAUUUUUGCCCGAGUCUUUAAGUCAUGAUCUGCACCAUCAAGCCGCUGAGGAAUAUUCACCAUCUUCGUACGGACAACAAUCCAGCAUACUGGCAACCAGAGAACUCCAAAUACCAACAGACGUACCGAUGGACUUUUACAUUUCUCACGAACAUUCGUUUAGUGCAAAUAGUUCUCAUAAUGAAAGAAGUGGUGGAUGCGCUGACAUGUCGGCAGUUUUUGAAGACCACGUAGCAGUGGUUGACCGAUUUAACAAAACUCUGAAAAUAUUAGACAUAAUCAGAGGCAGAAUUAAAAUGCUUGUUAGUUUUGGCGAGCGAGAACCAUGGGAUAUCACCUACAUUCGUGAUUCUUAUCAGUUGGCAGUUACCUUCCCUGCAGAUAAAAACAUUUGCUUUUAUGAAACUCAAGGCAUUGCCCAUGGACAGUGUCAGAGAAUUGCAUCGAUUAAAACGCGUUAUAGCUAUAUGUCUUUAUCGGCUCUAAAAACCGGUCUGUUCGCUGCUGGAAUUGGACAACCAUAUGGUCAUCCUGAUAUCCACAUCUUAGAUCGUACAGGAACAGUUAUCACAAAUGUCGAAGCAAGGAUAAAAUACCCGCGUCAUCUGCAGACGACGUCCAAUGGAAAACUUGUCGUCUGCGACUGGACAAACAAGGAAGUGUUGCUUAUUGAUGAUUCAUACCAGGUGGAGACGCUUUAUCGUGGAACAUAUUCCAACGAACUGAAAGACCCAACAGGAGUUGCCUGCGAUUCCCAAGGAUGGAUAUAUAUUUUGGAUAGGAAAACCAGAACAAUACAUGUGUUAGAUAGUAGAUCUGGCAAAUGUACUGGUGUUCUUUAUGCUGAGAAUGUUCCACAGCCACGUCUGCUCACCGUCGUUCAGACAAAUCGCCGAUUCUGCAGACGUGAAGAAGUACUUGCCGUGGUGGAUUUUUCAAACAUAAUACAUAUAUUUAAAAUCACCGACAAUCAUGAUUUUGACUAUUUCAGUCAAGUGUGAUAACAGCCUACACCAUGUACAGCAGUAGCAGCAACAAAAACAAAGUCAAAUACCUCAAUAAGUUUGAUAAUACUGAUAACAACACCUGAAUGCCACUGUAACAUAGAACCCCAAACUGCAGAGUGCAUACUGAAAAGAUGUCGAGCUUAUGACUGUAUAAGACAACAUUCUGGCCACAACAAAGAACAAUCGGAGAAAAAACAUUUAGAAUCAAAGAUACCGGCUGCUGAAUUGACGUUUGAGUUCGUCGAAGCAGUAAAACUUCCGAUGUAAGAUUCAAUGAGCAAUAAGAAACUGAACGAAGAAGAAGAAGAUCCUUUAGAAAUUCGAAAUAAUUAAAAUUGAAAGUUGGUGUCAAAAUACAUGAUGGAUAUCAAACAUGUUUGUAAAGUAUGAAUAAUGUACAUUCUGGUGGGGCAUAUUUAGGCGAUACGAUUAAUAUGUAAUUAAGAAUUUUUUUUUUUUUUUUUACAUUAAAAUAUUACCCAAUGUAUUAAUUAUUUAAUAAACAUAUUACAGAUUA